CGCACGAAAGCCCCACUGUACUGCACCCUCGUAGCGGAGAGGGGGCCCCGGGUCGAGUCGCUUUCACGUCGUCCGCCAAAGAAAGAAAAAAAACCCUCAACCCGUUUCCGUCUAACCGUCGAUCGGCGUCGGGCGCGCAAGAACUACGGCGGGCUUACGCGGCUGAGAGCUAUUGACAGCGGGGGGAGAGAGAGAGAGAGAGAGAGAGAGAGAGAGAGAGAGAGAGAGAGAGAGAGAGAGAGAAAAGGGAGUCGUUUGGAGACCGAAGCAUGGCGGAUUCGAGCAGCGCUGCGGCGGUCGGAGCCGCAGACUCCAACAGCGGUCCCGCCGGGGUCGCCGGCACCGUCGCGCACGACGGAUCGACCGGAGCCGCGGGGUCCAAGACCGGGUCGGAGCUGGUCAAGGGGCAGGUUUUUGACGUGGGCCCCCGCUACACGAACCUCAACUACAUCGGAGAAGGAGCGUACGGAAUGGUUUGCUCUGCCCUGGACAACAUGACGAACCAGCGUGUAGCCAUCAAGAAGAUAAGCCCAUUUGAGCACCAGACAUACUGCCAGCGCACACUUAGGGAGAUCAAGAUCCUGUUGCGCUUCCACCAUGAGAACAUCAUCGGCAUCAACGACAUCCUUCGGGCACGGCGCAUUGAGUGCAUGAGGGAUGUCUACAUAGUGCAGACCCUGAUGGAGACGGACCUGUACAAGCUGCUGAAGUCCCAGAAGCUGAGCAACGACCACAUCUGCUAUUUCCUGUACCAGAUCCUGCGAGGCCUGAAGUACAUCCAUUCAGCCAACGUGCUGCACCGUGACCUCAAGCCCUCCAACUUGCUCAUCAACACCACCUGCGACCUCAAGAUCUGUGACUUUGGCCUGGCGCGGAUAGCUGACCCUGAGCAUGACCACACGGGAUUCCUGACUGAAUAUGUGGCCACACGCUGGUACAGGGCUCCCGAAAUCAUGCUUAACUCCAAGGGCUACUCCAAGUCCAUUGACAUCUGGUCAGUUGGCUGCAUCCUGGCUGAAAUGCUGUCCAACAGGCCUAUCUUCCCUGGGAAACACUACUUGGACCAACUCAAUCACAUACUUGGUAUCUUGGGCUCUCCCUCCCAAGAUGAUCUUAACUGCAUCAUCAAUAUGAAGGCCCGAAACUACCUGCAAUCUCUGCCUGAAAAACCCAAGAUCCCCUGGGAUAAACUCUUCCCCAAGGCAGAUGCAAAAGCUCUGGACCUACUUGGCCGCAUGUUGACUUUUAACCCCAUCAAGCGUAUCAGCGUGGAGGAAGCCUUGGCACACCCAUACCUGGAACAGUACUAUGACCCCACAGAUGAGCCGGUAGCAGAGGAGCCCUUUACUUUCACCAUGGAGCUCGAUGACCUUCCCAAGGAGAAGCUGAAGGAGCUGAUCUAUGAAGAAACUGCCCGUUUCCAGGCAAACUACCAGGGCUCCUGAGACACAGUUCUGAAGAGGAGUGACGAAGCCACACCGAGGCUCAACGAGAAGACUCCAAAUGGCAACGUACUAAAAGAAAAAAAAUAAGAAAAAAAAUGCAUAUUCACCAAACCAACAAGAACAGAAACCAAGAAAUAUGAACAUUUAACUGCUAAACUUUCCAUUUCUACUGCAAGAGAGCUAAGUUUAACUUUGAUUUCUGUGGUUUGGGGUGGGGGUCGGGUUUUUCGGGGAGGGGGCCUGUGUUGUACUCAUACUGCUUCCGUCUCCUCCAUCCAUGUCGGACUGUCGCUAUGCUCGUCUCUUCGCUCUAUAUCAGAACGCCCCGGCCCCUCCGGUCGCCCCCCCCCUUACCCGCUCCUCCCAGCCAUGCUCGGACCAAACCUUUUCACCUCUCCAGCGCCCCCUAACUUGCACUGUCUGUCCGCAUUCUCCCCUCUCUUCCCGUGCUUUCCACCCCCUCUCGCUGGCCAUAGUUUAUAAACGUAUACUAGUGUAUUAACCAACUCUCUUGUCUCGCUCCAUGGAAUUUAGAGGCUGCAAAAACUGAGGGGUAGGAGGAUGAGGGCAUGUGGUGGAUACGAGUGUGUGUGUGUGUGUGUGUGUGUGUGUGUGUGUGUAUACACACGCACAAAAACUUUUUGGGGGGGGUUUCUUAGCUUUUUUUUUUGGCUCAUGCUCGAUGCAGUUUUUGUUUGUACACCCUUAUUUGAACGUUUCUGAUCAGUUAGGUCAUUAUUUGUAUGUAUUGGGGUUUAUAUUUGCAAAUCAGUUUUGAACACUUUUGAUUUUGAGACAGUGUUUUUACAUGCGUAUUGGCAGGUUUAUACAUGAUUUUUUUUUUUUUUUUUAAUCUGUAUCAUGCUCAUGUGAAUGCAUGCAUUCCUGAAAUUUUACCAAAGCGGUGGAGCGGUGAGGCGCUGCGCUGGGUACCAACCGAGCAAUGGCUGUCAGCUAGUAGGUUUCCGUCAUCUUCGCUUAACGGCCGACUGUUGUAAAACACCUCUUCGGUCGCAAACUAGCUGUCGCGGACCACGGCAACUGGCCGAGAUGCCUCGGCGAAGAUUAUCGAACCUCGCAAAGAAACAUUAGAGACCUUUGUGCGCCUCUGGGAAGAUUUUGUUCCCAGAAUUUUGGCGUUUCUUUCGGUAAAACUGUUUGCACAGUGAGUGAUAUCUGGGGAAAACGGGCCCGUUUGAUGGCAGCGGCGUCUCGGCAUGAUUCCGCCUGUACCGUAUUAGCAGCCGUUUUGCACCGGCUCUGCUUCAUAUCCCCCGUUGCUUGACCACGGACAGUCCCAGCAACCAGGGCGGACGUGCACACAGGCCCAAAGGCUGAGUCUGCAAUGGCAACGGAGGCGUCCAGCCGACACGCUCGUCCAUGGCGUCUUACAGCAGGUAGGACUGCGUGGACAGGAGCUGUCCGGCAAAACUGCAAGCGGUCUCCAGCGGCGUUAGUAUCGUGACCCACAAUUGUUGUUGCACUACGGUGACCCCGGGACGCUGGCGUGGGCUAGGACACCCACGAUGACCUUGGAAUUGUAGAAAAAAGAAUCGCGAGUAACAAAGUAGCAUUUUAGUCUUUUUCACUUGGCGGCGGGCAACUGCAAGGAGGCGCUGUUACAAUCUGUUAAAUUCCAGAAUAACUCCGAUCUGAAAAAGUACAACUCUUGAGAAAAAUAGUUUUUAUAGCUGCAAAGUAGGCUAAUAAAAAAAUCUGUAAAGCUAAAAUGACCCUCAACGGCUCGCUAAAAAAUGCGUGCUGUAUUUCCGCUCGGCCCCGCCAGAGGGAUGUCCUGCCCCGGGGUGGGGAUCAGUUUACUGUUACCUGCCCGAGACGGUACCGCGAGCUGCACAGCCAACCAGUCAUCAUCGCUUCACGGCUCCGUGUGUCCCACGCUUCUCUCUCUGGACGCGUUCAGCCCUUCCCUGUUUUGUCUGCCCUCCUGUUUUCUGCACAACUCCUUUUUCUCCCCUUCCCUCCCUCCCUUUUCCUCGGCUGUCCGGGAACCUGGGUGGUUUCUUUUACACACUCGAGGUUUUUCUCUCGUUUCGGCCAUCAGCGGCGUCUCGAGUGAGAUUUUAACCCGAGCGGUGCGGGGCCAUGCUUUCGUUUACUAACGGCGGCGCUGAUUCCCUUUGUCACCACGUGCGUCACUGUGUCCUGUCUUUGUCUUUCUUCCUGUGACGACUUCGUCCUUGUGUUGUCCCGCUCGUCUCCUUUCUUGGUCAUCCCUCGGCUCGGCGUAUAAAGACACGUCCACCGGUUUGACUCGUAGAGCGGUCCUUUUGGGGAGGCCCUCGGGGAUACGAUGGACCCAGGUCUGGGUCGGUUACCCGGCCUAAGCCGGGCCUUCGUUCGUCUGUGUGAGACCUAAUUGGCUUUUCCUGGUGUUUUUUUUAUUUUUUUUUUAAUCUGCAUGUGUCUUGCAUGGGGUUGUUGAGGGAAUCCGAAGUGGAAUUUUUGUGUGUACUCUUCAUUCAUUCACUCAUUCAUUCAUUCAGUCAUGCCCCGCCCCCUUCAUGCCAGCAUUCACGAUGCUUUACUCAAAGGGCUGCCCCCCCCCCCCCUCCCCUGUACCGUAGGGAUCCAAUCCCUUCUGCCUGUCGCCAACACGAGUGGCCACACCAUAUCACCGACUUCGCUGCCAGUCAGUAGUUCAGUGCGAUCCUCCAUCUUGUCUCAGGCCCCUGAUCCCGCUCGCUUAAAAGUCACCCCCCCCCACCCCCCCUCCAUCGUCAGCAUCUUCCCACCUUAAUCACGGACGACAGCGUCGCGCGGCGGGGAGGAGGGGAAACGUCGCCCGCGCUUCCGCCUUCCCCGCCACGAGCCAUCUCUGUGUUCAUUUUUUUCCUUUUAUUUGCUCUUUUUCUUCUUCUUCUCUCAUAUCAGAUGUCCUGCGCGCUCGUCUAUAUCACGUUUUGUACGAGUUAACCGUGCCACUUUUUAGAGCGGGCGAGUUUUUCCGACUCGGCCGGGCGGUCCGCGACAGCGAGGCGGCUUCACGCUUGCGUCGUGCCCGUUCUGUCGCCGACGUGCAGCGGGUUUGGGUGGGUGGGUGGGUGGGGUGGGGUGGGGUGGGGGGUGGGGAUUCAGGUCCUGUUGAUGUACACGUUGCAGAUAACCGCAUGUGUUGUUUCUACAUAGCUAGGGCGCACCCACCCCCCACCCCACCCCCCACCCCCUUAUACGUGUGUUCGAAUCUGCAUGACUGUUGUUCUCUGACCAACUCUGCUCAGCUUUGCCCCAGCCCCCCCCCCCCCACACACACACACACACACCUUUUACUUUUACUUUAGUUUUUCUCUCUCGAACCUCACGCCAGACCAAACAUCCUGCGGGGGCAACUGUGGAAAACAACAACAACUGACCGGACCAUAUUUGCAGUCUCUUUUCAACCAACACACAAGCAUACGCAUAAACACACACACACACGUGCACAUGCUCGGAGCAGCAAGUGUGUGUGUGUGUUGUGUGUGCGUGUGACAAUUUGCACUUAAACACACCGUUCACAUCCACACAGUAUACAAACCCAGAAGCCUGCCUGACGCCAGGCCCGUCUUCAUAAAUUGUCUUUUUUUUUUUGAAAUGGCUGUUCUUAUGGCUAUUGUUAUAUUGGCGAGUUGAUUGUGUUUUUCUUUUUUUUUACAUAAAAGGGAGUUUUAAGUUUUUUUUCUUCUUCUUUUCUUCUUUUUUUUUUAAUGAUUAGUGCGUUUUUAUUCUUGUCUCGUUCUGUAAUGGGUGUGAUCAUAAUCGGCAGUGUUUUCAAUCUUUCUGGAACUUAAGAUUUUUUUUUUGGUUUUUUUUUUGUGUUUUUUUUCCUUUUCUCCUGAGAUCUUACGAGCAAUUAUUAUUUUAAAAAAGAAACGAGUAGAUUGUCAGAGAUAUGAGUUAUCGAGGGUUAUAGUCUGUAUAUUCUAUGGGUAUUAUUAAUUAAACGAUUAACAAAAGAAAACAGAAUUAUAUACAUAUAUUAAAUAAAUUUCCUGAUACUGUUA